AUGGAGUGGCUCCGGUGGCCAGUGGAUGAUACAAACCCACACAGUUUUAACUCCCUGCAGGACAAUGUGAUGAUGCAACGAGAGGAACAGGGGGAUGCUUUAGAUGUUGCCAUGGCUCUUGCAGAUCAGUCGGAUCUUUACAGUCGACUCAAAAUGAAGCCUCUCUAUCCAGAGCUGACAGAGGAGGAAGUACAGGAUGAGGGAAUGGAGGAAACAGCAGCCGGGGGGCUGGAAAAUAGAAGUGAAGGUGUUGUUGAAAACUGUGAGACUGAGACUAACGCUGCGGAAACCGCAGCAGCCAUCAAAGGACACGGCUCAGUCAUCAACUUAGAGAAAUACAACCUGUUUGAGAUGAUGUUCAACAUGGAGAAAGGUGCCUGCGCUCUCGCUCAAGAAAAUCUAGAAAAUCCAAAACAAACACAAAAACCUGGAGACAAAGAAAAAGCACAGAGUGGAGGAAGCUCCUGGAAGCAGAAAGAUGCAAACACAGCCAGUUCUGCUGCCGUCCCUCCUCAUGACACGAGUAAGACGGGACUGGCUCCAUGGCAGGAGGGGGUUCUGGAGCGUUUGGGCCAGGAGCUCACUCCACAGGAGUACAACAUGUACAUGGUGCAUCAUGGGCGCAUGCUGCUCGCCUUUGGGCAAAUCGAGGCCUGCACGCCGAGGGAGAAAGACUUUGUCUACGGCAGCCUGGAGCCGAUUCCAGUCCAGACACUGCACUCCUUCAAGGUCCCUGACAGUUAUCGCUACCGCCGGCGGAUUCAUCUGUAUGAAACAGCAGGACGAGUGCAGACCGAACCUCGAGGUGUUGACACAUCACACCUGGACAUCAACCAGGAUGACUGGUUCGGUGAUGAAGCUGCAGCAACUCUACUGGGCUACGCUGAACAAGCAGUCAUGGGCCACAAGAUCAGCGAGACAAAAGGCUCGGACGGGCUCUAUGUGGACGUGGGGACACAGACUCACUUUUUCCGCUCAGCUCCGUUUGCAGGGAAAACAACUCUGGCAGACGUGAUGGAGAACAAACCACUGAAGCUCCUUCUGCAGUUCCAGGCGGAAAGCGUAAGCACCAGAAACAACAAAGCCAGCUGUGUGUUCACAUUCCUCUGUGGUCACACCUUCCUUCGCAGAGAGUUUGCCACACACUACAGGAAUGUGCACAGUGACAUCCAGAUGUGUCUGAGUGGAUGGUUUGAACAGAGAUGCCCUCUGGCAUAUCUAGGAUGCACCUACAGCCACAGGAGGUUUCAUCCCUCCACACAUGAAGCUACUGUCACUUACAACCAGCAGCUGAAGUGCUUCAACUUGCGUCCGAAAGUUGAACCCUGCCUGGAUAAGAGCUCUCCCGGCAGCUCUGCAGACUCCUCCAUGGCUCAAAUGAAGAGUACAAGUCAAGCUGAAGGAGGAGAAGACUCUCUGAGCUCACUUCCUUAUGAGGUGCUGGUCCACAUGGCCAGCUUUCUAGAUAGCCUUUCCCUGUUUCAACUGGCUCUGGUGUCCCGGCUCAUGAGGCAGGUGUGCUCCUCUCUGCUCCAGGAGAGAGGGAUGGUCACGCUCCGCUGGGAGAAGAUAAGCUCCUCACAUGGAUCCAAGUGGAGGGCAAAGCCUGUGUGGGAGUUCAGUCACCUGUUCUCCUCUGUGGAUUCGUGGCACAUGGCUGGCCUAACUUCGAUAUCUGCUCAUCUAAAAGUCUGUCCGUACUACCAGACCUCUGAUCAGAGCAAGCCGGUUCCUCUGCCCAGCAUGAGUGAGGAAGCCGGGAGACAUCUGAAAAGUCAAAGUCUCAUCAAACAUUUUCCAGAAAAAAGAUCCAAAAACUGAAGAUCAUAAACAAAACUUUACUCUGCCUCUAAUUUCCUAAUGUCUGCCUGUGAAAAGAGAGACAGCAGGAGCAAUUUGUGGCAGCGGCAGCGCGAGUGACACUUGCGGUGGCAGCUCUGACACUUCCGGGUGGUGCCACGGCUUUUAGUGGCACCUGCCGCUGCUGCCACGGUACC